GAUAGUAGUGACGAUGAGCUUCCCUUCGUUCCUGUGCCAGCGAAGGGAAAAAGACAAAACCAAGCGUUUAUAAUGUCGAUUCAACAAGCGAUUCCAGUGUCCACUCGGUUCCACUCAGAGAUCGCACCUCCUCGCCAGCCAUUGGAGAAGGAGAAUCACUUGAACAAAGCUCACGGGGAUCGAUUGCGCACCAUGCCCGCUGUAAAUCUCAAUGGAGCUCACAGGAAAGGGAAAACAAAGGGAAAAAUCUAUUUUUGGGAGGAUGGGCGAAUUCUUCCUGGACCGCCCAUUGCGAGAGACAGCGCAAUCGUUUGACUGGAAUGAGAACGGCCUCAUCGUUGGCAUUGGUCGCGGAGAAAUCUGGUCUGCACGUAACCUUCCUUUUGAUGUUGCAUGGGGCGGGACACCUGAAGGAAAAUUGGUCAAUUCCAGAGUUUUCAAUUGCCCCCGCGCCUCGUCACUUUACUGCCCAGGGUUUUUUCCUUUCCGCGCUGCCUGCCCAGCUCGAUUUCCUUCGAAAGUCGCUAUCAACGUUGAACAACAACCUAAUUGCAUACAUGCGAGCGUGAACGGUAGGGAUUGGGGUCUCGUGAUCAUCCUUUGGUCCAAGCUAUACAUACUGUCAUGAGGCCAAAUUCUACACCCAUGAACCACCCGCCCUGCGUCGUAACCGGAUGGCAGGGGUCGAUUCCUACUACGACAACUUUCUGACCAGCAACAAACGGCGUUCAAUGGCAUAUUAAGGGGAGGAGAUGCCGGGGGGUCCACGCCGUAUACAUCGUAUGUUGAAAAAGGGCAACUACUCCGCGUCGGUGCUUGCGCUCCAAGUAUACCUUGCUGCAGUCCUCGCUGCUGAGAUUCUCGAACUCGCCGGUAACGCCGCCCGGGAUAACAAGAAGGAUCGUAUUGUGCCUCGGCAUAUGCAACCUGCCAUUCGAAAUGAUAAGGAGUAUCUUGCGCCUGACACUUGUCUUAUGUUUGCUUACUUUCCAUGUCUUUAGCGUUGGGGAAACUCUUUGUUCGUCAUAUCGCACCAGAGCUACUUCCCACAAAGGCGUGGAAAGGCAAGAAGGAGAAACUAUUGGGUUGCUUUUUAAGUGGAAUACAUCUGGAAUCUGUAGAACACGUUGUACAAUUUGGUGCCAAUAUCAUGUGCGAUUAUGCGAGUGCG